CGUGAGUUUUGGGAUGUGCAAUUGUCGAAAAAUGUGCAUAAUAACAAUGCACAUGGUUCAUUGAUCAAAAACUCUUCUUGGUUUUUUAUCAUGUGAGCCAUCACAUGCAAAAUGAUCUGUUAAAUUUUCUAAAUCUGUCAGACAAAUGUUUAAAUUCCAUAAAUAUAAUAAUGGAAUGAUUGUAGUUUUGAAACCCAACAUCCCAUUGUAAUAAAAUGGGGAUCACUAUCUUGCUGAUCAGUCAAGUUCGGAAGCAUACUGUAUAGAGUUUGUCCAACACAAUCAUUUUUAACAAGGACGAAAAUCACAACCCUAAACAGCUGCACAGUUGCUUGUUGUGGAAGAGCAGUUGGAAGAUAUGUAAGAAUGUGUGGUUGUGUUGGUGUAAGGAAGACAACAGAGUGUGUAAAAAAGAAAAAGCAAUGGUGAAUUUUCAGUUUACAUGUAACACAUUUCUACAAAAACAAAUGUACUUGUAUAAAUACAACAUUUAUUUUUGUGUACUAAAGUGUUGACUUUUCCCAAUACAUUUAAUCAUCACAAGUGCUAAGUGAAUGAAUGAAUGAAUGAAUGAUUUGGUAAAGAUACAAUGGAGUAUCUUGUUUAAUGGUGUGCAGUAGGACCCAGGGGAUGACUGCCACUCUGGAGGACAGAGGAGUAUGUGUCUGUUUGAAAGAGGAAGAAAAAAAAUCACAGAGACACAAUGUGUGACAGUCACAGCCCUUCACAGCACCGGACACCGUGUGGAAGAGCAUCCUGACGGACACCAGCCUAAGUGGUGUGAAUUCUGAUCAACACCACUGGAAACAGGAAGAGCAGGUGGGACCAUAACCUUUCUACUUCACCUGGAUUUUGUUAGAUGGAAACAGCUGUAUAGGGACACCUGUAUGAACUUCGCUCCUUGGGGCCGGGGCUUUCCUGGAUGGUAAUUCUUUUGAAGGAUCGUCAUGCACUUUGGUUGUUCUCCACUGAAAUCACCUGAGUUGUUGAGUGCUGGAACACUGGCCUCCUGUGGGAUUGUGCUGAACUUGUUUUAAUGUCUGCAAGAGGAAAGUUUCCAUACACUUGUGAAGAAUGUCCAGAUGUUCAUGUCACAAAUCUGAUUGGAGAAUUAUCAAAAAAAGUAAAGACGUCCCUGAAGUUGACCGAGAUGGUUUCAACACAAAUGCUUGACACACAGAAGGAAAAGCAACAUUUAAGCAUGGAGAAGCUCGGUUCCGUCUCUAACCCAUGAAGCAUGGAGAAAGCCGUGCCAGGUCUGAUGCUGGGUCUCCUGACCAAUCAAACAACUCCAAAUGACACGUCCGGCCAGCGGAGCACAACCAAGCCUACCCCUCCCAGCAUGGAGGAGGUCAUCCGCUCAGAAUCCCAGAUUAAGGAUCUUGUUGGGCUGUUUUGCAUGGUGACCCUUAACCUGGCAGCCCUAUUGGGCAACAGCGGAGUCAUGGUGGCCAUUGCCCGAGCUCCUCACAUGAAAAAAUAUGUGUUUGUGUGUCAUCUUUGUGCAGUUGACCUGCUUUGCUCUAUAUUGCUAAUGCCUCUCGGGAUAGUAUCUAGUUCUCCGUUCUUUAGCACUGUAGCAUUUACUGUUCUAGAGUGCCAGGUCUACAUCUUUCUAAAUGUGUUUCUCAUCUGUGCCUCCAUUCUUACUGUGACCGCCAUCAGUAUUGAACGCUACUACUACAUUGUCCAUCCUAUGCGAUAUGAGGUCAAGAUGACUCUAAACCUGGCGCUCGGUGUCAUGAUCUUCAUUUGGGUUAAAUCCUUCCUGCUGGCGUUGGUUACGCUUCUCGGAUGGCCAGCAUAUGGGAAUCAGAGCUCCAUUGCAGCGGCCCAUUGCUCUCUGCACUGGAGCCACAGCCGCCUCAGGAAGGUUUUUGCUAUUCUCUUCAGCGUGCUUUGCUUCUUGGUUCCCACUGUUGUGAUUUUUGCCGUUUAUUGCAAUGUAUACAAAGUCGCACGAACAGCAGCCCGACAGCAUGCACCAAUGCCCACCUGGACGGCCAACCAGGCCAAGCGCCGCUCGGAUUCCAUUAACAGUCAGACCACUAUCAUCACCACCACCCGCAGCCUCCCCCAGAGAUUGUCUCCUGAGAGGGUUUUUGGGGGCAGAAAGGCUGCUAUCACCCUGGUCGUCAUUGUGGGCCAGUUUCUUAUCUGCUGGCUCCCAUACUUCAGUUUCCACCUCCACAUGUCCAUCACCACUCCACUUCAGAGCCCAGGGGACAUUGAAGAAGCCGUCAUGUGGCUAGCGUACUCCUCGUUUGCUGUGAAUCCCUUCUUCUAUGGUCUUCUGAACCGACAGAUCCGCGAGGAACUGAUAAAACUGAGAAAAUGUUGCGCAAGUAGACCCGUUGAACUUCGCGCCUCCAGUCACGAAGGUUCCAUCCAGGAAAACUUCCUUCAGUUUCUGCAGAGGACCAGCAGCGCGGCUGAGACCACCAGGCCCAGUUGUGCAAAUUCCAGUCCGAGGAAUAAUGUGGAUCAGGGUGCCAGAUUACCUGGCCAGAUCCCUGAGGAAUGACUAGGAAAACGUUUCUAGUCCCACAAGCUAAAUCAGGCCUUAUGAAGUUUUGUUUUUAAUAAAAAUAGCAUUAAUUCAAUUUUAAAACCAUGUCAAAUCAGAUCUAAAUGCUCUUUGGAUCAGUGUAAUGUAAUCUAUGUCUCCAUAAUUUGCUGUUAUGGUUCCCGUAGAUCCGUGGCAACACUAAAUAUUCAAGAUAAGGUUGAAUAUCAAAUUUCACAUUUUUGUUUAGUUAUCUGAGAAUCACUCUCAGUCAUUUUUCAUCCAUUUCAUAAUAUCAACACUCAUGCUCAAUAAUUAUUAUUAUUUAAGACUCAUAAUGGUGCCUAUAUUGAUAUUAUCAUGACAAAGAUAUCAGUCAUUAAUAAUAUUAUGUACAUUAUUUCAGUAAAAAAUAAUAAAACAUUUCUAGCAUUUGAAAUGUGCUUUAAUGCCUCACUUUGUAUGAAGUUUCUCACUCCUUAAGCUACAUUGCCAGGGCUAAUUCAGUUUGCUUUGAGAAAAAAAAAAAAAAAACCUUCUUUGUGUAUUUGAGGGAGCUCUGAUGUUUGUUGCUAAUUCCCUGUAACCAUGGAAAUGUGAUAAGACAGAGACUUGCAUAGCAACAGGGUGGCUUUGAGUAUUGUCCUAACAGAUUGGUUGAAGAAGAAGAAAAAAAAGACUUUCAGGCUAGCUCUUUUUAUAAGCUGCACUAUAUGGUAAUACCUGGUUUAUAUGACUAUUAUGUAGAAAGAAAUGACUAUAGUUUUAGAUGUAGCAUUUUAAUGUGAUCUUUGAGAGUAUACUAGAAAUCAUUACCAUGCAAUGCAAGUACACAAAAUGAGUUAACAUGCUGCAGUUUUAUGGUCUUUUGCCUUUUAGUGUACAACUUUAACAAACAGAGGGGGAAAAAUUAGGAGCCAGUUUGUUUGUUAUUAGCAAACUUUAAAAAUAAGAACAAAAUUAAUUUUUUUCUCCUAGUAAUUCCAUUUUUCUCAGUGGUGAUUCUCAUUGCUGUAAUGCAGUGCACUACAAUUAAUUUUGAAUUUAUUUAGCAUAAAUUAAAUCCAGUACAACAAAUACAACAAAUAUUUUAAAUGUAUUGCAAUAUUUCUUUUUUUAUUGUUAUUAUUAUUUCCUCACAUUAUUGUAAGAUUUGAAUUAGAAAAAGUGUGUAAUUACAUAAUUAAAUUAUUAUUAUUAUUAUUAUUAUUUUUAGGGUAACAUCACAUGAGCAUAUUUUGGCAGACUCAAUCAUGAAAUAAGUCAUUAUGACGUUCAGGUCACUGCAGGUACUACUGUACAUUAUGUGAAGAAGAA